AUGGCCAACAAAGGGAAUCAGAAUAUAUCAACUGUGACGGAGUUCAUCCUCUUAGGAUUUGGAGAUCUCAUUAAUCUGAAAUUUCUUCUUUUCCCACUGUUUUUAGUGAUCUACUUGAUGACCAUGGCUGGGAAUCUUUUUAUUGUCCUCUUAGUUGCAAUUGAUGAACAUCUUCAUUCACCCAUGUAUUUCUUCCUAGUAAACCUGUCUUUGCUGGAAUCCUGCUAUAGUUCUGUCAUCCUGCCUAAAACAUUAUCGAGCCUUCUGACUGGGAGAAAAAAUAUAGCCAUAAAAACUUGCUUCACACAGUUUUACUUAUUUGCUUCUCUGGGUGGGGCUGAAUGUUAUUUUCUAUCUGUCAUGUCUUAUGAUAGGUACUUAGCUGUAUGCAAACCAUUGCAUUAUUCUAUUCUCAUGAACAAUAGGUUGUGCCUGCAGCUUGCAGUUGUGUCUUGGGCAAGUGGAAUAUUAGUUAGCACAAGCACAACCUUCUCAAUAGCUUCCUUAACCUUCUGUGGACCCAAUGUAAUUGAUCACUACCUCUGUGAUUUAUCCCCAUUCAUAAAAGAAAUCUCCUGCACAGACACUUACACUGUAGAAAUAACUGCAUUUGUGUUUGCUUGUGCAUUUACCCUUCCUCCUUUACUUCUCACAUGGAUGUCCUACUUUUUCAUUAUUUAUACAAUCAUUAGAAUCCCAUGUACCACAGGAAAACAGAAAGCUUUCUCCACCUGUUCUUCUCACCUCACUGUGGUGGCCCUCUUUUACGGAACCCUGAUGCUUGUCUAUAUGCUUCCACAGUCUAGAAAUCUCAAACUUUUGAAGAAAAUCUUCUCUCUCUUCUAUACUGUACUGACUCCUCUGAUCAACCCUCUUAUUUACAGCCUCAGAAACAAGGAAGUGAAGGAAGCCAUGUGGAAAGGUCUCAAGAAAUUUGUCAUACACCUGACAAAUCCAAGACCCAGUUUUUGUUCACUAUCAAAAUGA